AUGGCGGAGGAAGUAGCGUCGCCUUUGUUGGCACUGUUGCAGGAUCCCCAGCGUGCGCCGCUCAUCAAGCAAGGCGCAGAAGCGAAAGUGUACCGUGUUGAGCUUUAUACAAUUUCCUCCAGCAUCACGCUUCCCGACGCUGUAUCUACGAAGCAAGAAGAUUAUGCAUACCCCAUUCUGCUCAAGCACCGCUUCUUCAAAAAAUACCGCCAUCCGAUGCUCUCGGCAAGUAUCACCGCGACGCGCACAGUUUCUGAGGCUCGCUCACUUGUGCGAUGCGCACGCAGCGGCGUGCACGUCCCGCGCCUUGAGCUGGUUGACGAGACCCGCGGAAUCAUCGGCAUGGAAUGGAUCCAUGGCGUGAGUGUACGGCGCUUGCUGGGAGGUAUUCCAGAGGAAAGUGACUGUGAGGAUAUAACGCUUCUUUCUACGACUCCAGCACUGACAGAGGAACGUGCACAAGAAGUGAUGGACAAAAUUGGAGUCCAGCUCGCAGAAAUGCACUGCGCCGACGUAAUUCACGGCGACUUGACCACAAGCAAUAUGAUGCUUCGCGACCUGGACACUAGCAUUGUCCUCAUCGACUUUGGCCUUGCGUCUGUUUCUACAUUUUGGGAGGAUAAAGCGGUUGAUUUGUACGUCUUGGAACGGGCAUUUAUUUCGACACACCCCGAGUCACACACCCUUUUUCUGCGUAUCCUGGAUACCUAUGCAGCACGUACCACCCAAAUUACAAAACGCAAAGGGCACGAGCAAGGAGCAUGGCCACAUAUACGUUCCAAACUCGAAGAAGUGCGCCUCCGUGGCCGAAAACGAUCCAUGGUCGGGUAG